AUGAAUGAAAGAUUAGAGAAUAAACUCGGACGAAGAUCGUCCACACUACCAUCUCCCGUCUUUCUCUCUAACAAUUGGCGACCCUGGACAAAAACAAAGAAAACAAAAGACACGCCGCCGACAUAUGUACNUUUGGAUGAAUAUGUCGAUGUCGUUGUUGUUGAUUCAGAAAAUGAUCGAAUCCAUGUUCUUCGAGGAUAUGGAAAUACAAGUUUUCAUUCAUUGACAACCUAUGAUUCGGUGAGUGGAUCAUAUCCAUCAUUUGCUGUGAUUGUCGAUAUUGAUAAAGAUAAUCAAUCUGAUCUAAUUGUCACUAAUUAUGGCACUAACAAUGUAGCAAUACUGUCUGGGUAUUCGAGUGAGCCAGCUGUGAGACAAACCCAGUAUCUUGUAGGACGAAGUUCUCGUCCAUCAUCAGUUGUUGUUUCUGAUUUCGAUAAAGACGGUAACCUAGAUGCAGCUGUGAAUAACCUUAACAAAGCUUAUGUACUUCUUCUAAAUGGUCUCGAUAGCACGAAGUUAAUUGCUGGAGAAUCAUAUAGAACUGGAAAUCAAUCUAGUCCAAAAUAUAUAAGCCUUGGUGACCUAAACAACGAUGAUCGAAUGGAUAUGAUAGUAGCUAAUAUAGGAAGUUCAUCUGUUGGAAUUUUUUUCAGUGACGAUAAUGGAAUAUUUGCGCCUAUGAUAUCUUACUCAACUGGUGCUGGAACUAAACCAUGGUUUACUUCUCUUGGCGAUUUGAACAACGAUCAUUAUUUAGAUAUUGUAUCUGCAAACACGAUUUCCAAUGAUAUAACUAUACUUAUGAACGAUGGCAAUGGGAACUUCACUAAUAACGUAAGAUAUUCGACUGGUGUUAAUUCGAAACCUCAAUCAAUUACUACCGCAUAUCUGAAUAAUGACAACUAUCUCGAUAUAAUCUUCAGUGUGUCAUUUAAGAAUUCGCCAAUUGGUGUUAUCUUAGGUAAUGGUAAUGGUAGUUUUGGAGUCAUGAGUACAUAUUCAGGUGCUUGCAACAGUUUUUCUAUGACGAUCGUUGUUGCCGAUAUAAAUCAAGACAAUUGCCUGGAUGUCAUUAUUACUUGUGAAGAUACUGGUACUGUACUUGUUUAUCGCGGAAUGUGUGACGGCACUUUCCAACCAGCGGUAUCAAUUGCGAUCGGAUCUGGUACAUCUCCAUACUAUGUCAUUGUUGUUGACUUGAAUAAUGAUCAACAUCUCGAUAUGGCCGUUACUUGUUUUCAAACAAGUGAGGUAGUCAUUCUCUAUGGUGACACUACUGGAAAUUUUAUUUUAUCGAGAAGAUAUCCAACAGGUGUUGGUUCAAACCCAUGGGCUCUCACUGCUGUAGAUCUCGACAACGAUGAUGAUCUAGAGUACCUAGUCACAUAUUGGGGUACUGGAUAUCUGGCAGUUCUGACUGAAUAUUAUGCUGCACAAUUUUCCAAACAAAUUUCGUUCAACACUGGAUCUGCCCCACAUCCCUAUUCAUUAGCAACUGCUGAUUUCGACAGCGACAAUCAAUCAGAUGUGGUCAUUGCUAAUUCAAAUACAGAUAAUAUUAAGGUCAUGUUUGGUCUCAAUAAUGGACUGUUUACUACUCCAAUCACUUAUUCGAUUGGCAUUCAUAGUUCUCCACAAUAUGUUCUCACUGGUGACAUUGACAAAGACAAUCACGUAGAUAUUGUCACUGUAAAUUCGAAAGAAAACACGUUGAGUGUGAUUAUGAAUUACGGAAAUGGAAGUUUUGCUGAACAGAAGAAGUAUUCGACGGGAUCUGAUUCAUCACCGUCAAGUGUAGCUAUAGGUGAUCUUAACAAUGAUCAGCGAAACGAUCUUGUUAUUACAAAUCAACAAGGUGAUAGUAUAGGUAUUUUUAUUGGGUAUGAAUAUACUUCGUUCCAAAGUCAAAUAACAUACUCCGCUGGAAAUGCUCAAGGAUUGAAUGCUGUUACAGUUAGUGAUUUCAAUAACGACACUAAUAUAGAUAUCGCUGCAGUGUAUCAGAUGAGUUAUCAGUUGGGUAUAUUUCUUGGUGAUGGAAGUGGAAAUUUCACUCUGUUCGCACUCUAUCCAACAGGAGACAAUUCAAUUCCAAGAGGACUCGUUGUUGACGAUUUUAAUAAAGAUAAUAAUGCUGAUAUUGCCGUUGCUUACUUUGGAAGUGGUACUAUAGGAAUCUUCAUUGGAUAUGGUAAUGGAAGUUUUUCUAAUCAGGUUACAGUUUCGAUAGGAACGGAUACUGGUCCACGUAGUUUGGCUGUUGGAGAUCUCAACAACGAUAAUCAAACAGAUAUUGUUUCGAUUAAUGUAUAUACUAAUAGUAUAAGUAUUCUUAUGGGAGACGGUACGGGCAAUUUUACUCUUUUGGAAACAUAUGCACUGGAAACUUUAGCAGACUUAUAUGGACCAGUUAUUGGUGACUUAAAUGAUGAUGAACGAAUAGAUAUCGUUAUAUGUGAUUAUCUUACUGAUACUGUGAUCGUUUUUCUGGGAUAUGGUAACGGCAGUUUUCGUGACCAUACUCUGUAUUUAGUAGGCUAUCGGUUCGGACCAGGCUCAAUAGUGAUCGGCGAUUUUAACAACGAUAGCCGAUUGGAUAUUGCUGUUGCCAAUUAUAAUAUCAAUAGUGUUGGCAUUCUUCUUGGGAAAGGAGAUGGAACAUUAGGUGAUUGCACUACGUAUUCGACGGGUGACGGUACUACACCUGUGAAUCAAAUUGUAGGUGACUUUAACAAUGAUAAAGUCUUAGAUAUUGCUGUCGCUAACUAUGGAACAGGCACAACUGUUAUUUUAUAUGGUUACGGUGAUGGUACGUUUUUAUUGGGUAUUCCCUACUCGACUGGCUCGGGAUCUGGACCAGCUUGGAUAGUUUCAGAUGACUUCAAUAAAGAUGGUCAGCUAGACAUCACUGUGGCUAAUUCGAAUGCAAACAGCAUCGGUAUUUUCCUUGCAUGUGGUCGUGAGCCAUUUGCAAGUAUAAUACAGUAUUCAAUCGUCGACGGAUCACAACCGAAGUCUGUCGCUCUCUCCGAUCUCAAUCAUGAUGGUUGGCUAGAUAUUGUCAUUGCCAACUAUGGUACUAAUAAUAUUGGAAUUUUGAUGGGACUAGGUGCCGCAACGUUCAGUCCGAUGGUGACAUACUCAACAGGCGUGGAUUCUUCCCCCUACUCUCUUGCUAUUGGUGACUUUAGUCGUGACAAUCAUUCAGAUAUCGUUGUUUCUAACUGGGAAAGUGAUAACAUUGUCAUUUUCUAUGGUAAUGGUAAUGGAACAUUUGUUCUUGCAGCAUUCUAUUCAACAGGAACUGACUCUCAACCUUCCACAGUUACAAUUGGUGAUCUAAAUGGUGACAAUCACUUAGAUGUCGUCGUAACGAAUUCAGGAACCAGUCAUAUCUUUAUGUUAUAUGGAUAUGGGAAUGGAACAUUUGGAGACGAAGUUUCGUAUCCACUAGGAUACGAAAGUGCUCCAUACUCAGUAGCAUUGACUGAUUUAAACCAAGACAGAAAAAUAGAUAUGGUUGUUGCCUGUUAUGGCACGGACAAUAUCGAUGCACUAGUUAAAGUGUGUACUUAA